AAUAAAACAGAAGAAAAUUUUCAGAAUUACCUAACCUUAUGAUUUUUCGUGUUUUGAGUUUUGAUUAUUUUGAAACGUAAAUGAUCAUGACAUAUCCGUGUAUUGCUCACUCUUAUCGUUUUCAUGAUAAAGAAAUGUGAAAGUUAUUAUGGUUUUAAUUCGUCAGCUGUUGGGAAGUGUGUGAGAUACUGUGAAUAGGUGUUCUGCAUGUAACUUGAUUAUAUUCAAUCAGUUGAUAGCAAGAUGAUGCACCAGGCAUUUUGGUGGGGAACUCAGGUAGAUGAUUUAUUAUUCAAAGGCUUUUCAGCGAAUUCUGUUGGAGGCCUCAUUGGCCAAUGUCUGUUUAUUGGGGGAAUGGCAUUCUUCUUUGAAUACCUGAGAUAUCUUCAAACAAAACAGAAGCAGAGAGAGCUAGUGCUCAGAGUAAAGCAGCUGAAACUGUUAUGCCCAACAGAAAGUGCAGCACUUCUUGCCCAAACAGUCACAAACCCCACUAAUCCACUGAAUAUCACACUUUUUGAUAGGGCCUUGCUUUUUGGAGCAGAAAUCUCAUUAUGGUUGCUCCUGCAAAAUUUGGGAUAUUUUAUAAUGCUUGCUGUCAUGGUAUACAAUGCAUGGUUCCUUGUUUCUGCAGUGCUUGGUGGAGCUCUAGGUUACUUCAUUUUUGGACAAAUGUUUAUGAAGAUAAAUAUACAGAAUUGUCAACUGAUGAGGAGUGCUUAUUGCACCCAAAUUUGCGGGGAAACAGAUGUUGGAUCUACUGGCAGAGAGGGAGAAUCUACCCCCAUCACUGAAGAUACUCCAUCUACAUCUCAAAAUGAUCUCAAAUGUAAUCAAAAAAAUGGUACACAAGAAGUGCAAAUUAAAGUUCAGUGCCACUAAAAUGUGAUCUCAACCUCCAAUUUUUUUUUGGACAAUGAUUAUCAGGAAGCAGCAAUAUAUUUUGAGUCCAUAUUUCACCUUCCAUCAAUAUAAGAUAUAUUUUCAAGAAACAUUUCCAUAAUUCAAAGCUGACCUCAAAUGAUACCUAAUGAAUUCAUUUCCAUUGUAUUCCCAUUCAAUGGUAAACAGUAAACAGGGCAAUUCAAGGAAACAAAAUAGUUGUGUUAAUCAUUUUUAUGCUAUGAGAUUGUGGUUGAUUUUCCUGAAAUAAUUACUGAUAUAGAUGUUAAUCUGAAUGAAAGAGCUAGCUGGUAUUCAAGUAUAGGUAGUUAUACAUAAUGUCUGCUAUCUCACUGAUCUAGGAUAUAUGGGAAAGCAAAUUGUCCUACAUUUUGAUUUCCUUUAUAUAUUGCCCCAUUGUGGAAUACCUUGGUGAUAUAUUUUCAUGAUCUUUUAUGAUGUGACUCAGGGGCGUCCGGAGGGGGAGGCAAGGGGGCGCUCGCCCCCCCCCCCUAGCACCUGGUCUUUACUCAGAUACUUUCUAAACAAGAUACAUUUGCAUUAUUCAAUUCCUAUCCUGAUUAGCGCUCAUUAUAGUGACUUUCUGAGACUUUGUUUAAUUAGUAUUAAUCCACAUCUUAUAGAUAGAUAUAGAGUUAAUUUUAUCAACCAAGUUAUUGAUAAAUUUGCUCAAGACUAUAAGAAUGCCAUUUUUGUUUGAACAAGAUUAUGAUUAUUAUCACGUGCAUUUUUUUAUUGUAAUUUUGGCUGUAAACAGAAUACCUGCAUGUGAUGUCCAUUCAAUUAAUUUUCUUUUUUUUUGUUCCAUGUUUCAUGUACAAUAAUAGUUGAUUAUAUAUCGAGAGAGUAAAGUGCUAGUUCAAUAAAUAAAGGGAAAAAGUUAACAUUAAUUACGCACUAUUUUCAUCUUCCGGUUGGAAGUAGCUUUUGGUACCUCAUUAAACAUGAGACAAAGUUUGACUGGAAAACGCGUGCGAUGGCGGAGAAAAUGGCCCCAAAAGACCAGAAAAAUAGGUUUUCAGCCAAUAUCUCCUAAAAUAUGGCAGUUAGAGAUUUUCGGUUCAGAUAAAAAUUGAAGUUCAGUUAAUUUUCUACAAAAAUGGUUCCUAUCAUUUUUCUCGAAAAUUUGACCGGUUUCGAGAAAAACGGCACGAAGCGCACCUCGAAUAAUGAGCUUCUGUUGUAUGCCGGAGAGCACAGUCCGUGUAUUUACACAUCGGCGGGGGGACAA